AGCGUAUGAAGGUCGGGCUUAAGUCAAGUGCGGUUUCUGUUUUUCGAUAAGGAUGAAGGCGGAGGACGAGACUAAUAACAAGUUGGAUAUGAGCUUAGAUGAAAUUAUCAAAUUGGAUAAAAAAGAAGCUCGUAAAAAUAGACGAGUUCAACAAACGCUAGCUAUUCGUGGUAGACGCCAGAAUGUUUCUCAGUACCGACAAAAACCUCGAAUAUCUGCUGCUGCAACCCGAUUACGUGGUUUAAGGCAGAAGCGACUUUCUCGAAUCAAUCGUCCUAUUCAGGGGUCUUCUUCUCAACAUCAAGUUUUAACAAAAAACAAACGUGUGUUCACGGUAAAAAAUAUCCGCGCAAGUAGAUCGACGGCACAGGCAGUCCUUCGCCGAGCUCAGAGAACCGCCGCUGCCGCUGCUAGGACAGCUGCUGAUGCCACUGCACUUCUUCAGCGCAAUCGUAUUCAACGUCAGCGGUUGUUUAAUGAACGAAGAAACAUUCAACCAACCUCUCGCAUUGCCUAUGAAAGACGUCCCUCAAGACGAAGGAGCGCUCCUGCUUCAGCAGUCGGUUCCCGAGGAGCUUACACUUCACCUCAAGUUACUGGUCGUUCGUGGCAAUCAGAGCAGCAAUCACUUAAUUUUCAAAGACGUCCACGUCAUAGAUCCCUUCAGGUAUUGGGAUCACCUCAAGGUAGAAGGACAUCAUUCCGUGGAGCCUUAUCCCGAAAUAAUUCCUUACACAGCAACAACUUUGUUCGUAACCAAAGGUGGAGUCAACGAACGAAUUUCCGAAGUAAUAGCCGAGGUCAACUGCGUAAUGGUUAUACGCUUACACCAACUGGUCGUCCAACCUCACGGGCUCGUAAUGCAGAAUAUCUUGCUCAAGCUCGUGCCCUUAUCCAAGCACAGAAUGAAAACGCUCAGCGGUAUGAUCUUGACAGUCCAAAUACAACAGUGUGGAACCCUAGAACCUACAGCGCACCACACAGAAACCUGAAUUAUUAUGCCAAAUAUUGGGACAACUAAUAUAGUAAUGGAAAAUCUUUCACAAGUUCGUUUUCUUCAUUAAAAUGGCUUUUGAUUGCUUUUAACAGUACGUUAAAGUAUCCCACUUGUACUCACGUGUAAAUGUACAAUUUCUAUCAAAAGCUAACUGUCAUCAACAAUAAAACUAACAGGCGCGCGUGUUUUUUAUUGCCCUUGAUAUUCACAAACCCAACUCAUUUCAGCUAUAUCUUUUGUAUGUAAAACCAAAAAUUUUAGAAUUACUUACUGGUUAAAUUUUGUACUUUAUGUAAAAUUUCAAUCACCAAGCAUUUCAUUUGGAUUAUUGCACUGUAGUGAUGUUAUUUCUGAACUGGUUGCUUUUUAAAUGUAUCAGUAAAUUUACACUGUUGUGCUGUAAGGAAGUUAUAAUUACAAUUCCAUAUCAAUCA